AUGCCAUCCGCGUGAAACGUCUCAUCAGAUGAACAACCGGAGUUUUGAUUAUUUCUGAAUAAUAUUUUGUAUCGAUUGCCUACGCGAAUUUCGAAGAUGUCAAAAUCAAGGCGCGUGUUUCUCUCAAUGCAAGGAGAUGAUGACUUCUGGGGUAAUGGUGAUAGAUUUGAAGAACACAAGCUGUCGAAGAUGAAUCGUCGUAAAUGUCGUGGUAUGAUGGACACUGCAAAAGAUGAUGUGCUAGAUGAACAUUUUUUCAAACAAAAUAACUUGGUCACUCAAGAAUUGGAACAGCAAAAUGCCAAAUCCAAUGAUAUGUUUCGUGAAAGACAGGACUGGAAUUCCAGCACUCCAUUGGAGAAGAUAAACUUGGUGGAGAGUGAGGAUCCUGUGACGUGUCCGGAGAAUACCGAAGCAAAAAUUCACUGUUCUGAAGUCAAAGUUACUGAGAAGAUGCCUUUGGAAUUAGACGACGAAUUCUACAACAACUUUCGGGAAUACUUCAGUUCACGUCCGGAGGUCAUUUUCUUGACUAGAAGCAUGCACAAGGAUGCUGCUGAGAACUAUGACAAACAGUUCAUUGAUUUGUAUGAAAAAACUCGGAAAAGACUGGAACUGCGUUCUAGCCCUCAAAUCAAUCAGAUCUUGAGAUGCACAUCCAAUACAAAUGCGACGAGUUCUGAAAUUCAGCUGCGUAACAGACAAGCAGUGAUUGUUUCUAAUUUUCGAGAACCGGAUCGUCGACUCGGAAGAUACUCGAAGUAUUACUAUCAUCACAAUGUUGGACCCGAAGUAUACAGUCGGAAAGUUUUUGUUGGUGGAUUGCCUUCUUGUGUCAAAGAGAGUGAUAUUCUCAACUUCUUCUCUCGAUACGGACGCCUGCAAGUUGAUUGGCCAUCAAAACAUUACGAAUGCAAGUCUGAUUCGGAUCCUUCAUUGUGUAAUGAACCAAUCAGUUCUUCUUCUUACCAACCGUCGUCUCAUCUUGCAAUGGUAUCUCCACCAUUCGGAGAGAUUAAUCCAUUCAUGAGAAAUAUGCCAGCUCAAUCGGAAUCUUCUCAAACGGGUGGAUUCGGUAGGAUUUCAAGUGGAAGUAUCGGAGGAUUCUUGAAUCCUGGUAUGGCUCAAGUUGCUAGAGGAAAUCUUGGAUUUGGAAGUACAAAAAGUGAUGGAAGUAUCAAUGGAGAUAAGAGACAGCAUCACCUUGGAUACGUGUUUCUCCUUUUCGAGAAAGAACGAAGUGUUCGUGAUUUGGUUUUGGAUUGUUUCGAAGAAGAAGAAGGACUUUUCAUCACUUUGGAAAGUUCGACUGAUUCAAUUCGUGUGCAGAUUCGUCCAUGGUUGUUGGCAGAUGCUGAGUUCCUUAUGGAUUUCAAUGUUCCCAUCAACACAAAACUUGUGGCAUUUAUUGGUGGUGUUCCGAGACCGUUGAAAGCAGUCGAGUUGGCUCAUUUCUUCGAGCAAACUUAUGGGCAUGUUGUGUGUGUUGGCAUUGAUAUCGACAAUAAAUUUAAAUAUCCACGUGGAUCCGGACGUGUUGCUUUCUCUGACUACGAUGCGUACGUUCAAGCAAUCACUGAUCGUUAUAUUGUUCUGGAUCAUGAGGAUAUUCACAAGAGGGUGGAGAUCAAGCCAUACUUCUUUCACAACCAAUCUUGCGAGGAAUGUUCGGGUCGUUAUCAUCGUCAACAUGCUCCAUACUUCUGUCCAUCUCUUGAGUGCUUCCAGUACUACUGUGAGCCGUGUUGGCACAAAAUGCAUUCGCAUCCAAGUCGUUUCCAUCACAUGCCAGUUGUCAAGGGAGUCUGAGCACUAAUGUCUUUGAAAUAAAUUUGUUUUAACUCGUA